AUUUCCGAAAAAAUGAAUUUCGAGGAAUAAUAGGGUGUAGGAUAUGGUCCAAGAUGUAUAAUUUUAAAUUAUGAGAUUUUAUACCAGGUGUACGUUUUUUAUUUCAUUUUCAAGCUUUUUCUUAUAUUUUUAACUUUUUUUUUUUUUUUUACAAAAAUACCAUUGUUUUGUUGGAUCAACAAGUCAAAUAAAAGUACAUUUUCGUUGUGCACAGCGAAUUCGUCCACCCUGUUUUUGUUUAUGAAAUUAGUAUCUGUUGUGUUAAGAUGGUCACAAAUUGUUGAAGAUGUUUUCUUAAAAAAGGAAAAAAUAAUGAAAAAGACAUUCCCAAUGAAAAUUCUCGUCGUUAAUUUGCGAUAAUUCUUUGUCUGAAAUUGGUAAGAAAAACGUGUAAUCAAUCAGAAGAGAAGAGAAGAGAAAGAUGGAGCUGUGGAACAGAGCCCGAAGCUUUGCGGAAGAAGCAGCGAAACGAUCGAAUGAUCUGUCCUUGGGAGCUUCCAAAUUGAGCGAUAUCAUUACAGAGACCACCAAAGAGAUAGCGGCACAAGCUUCCAAGCACUUGACCCAACCUUCGCUCACAAACGACGUCGAUCUCCACCGUUUUGGCAUCACCGAAGAGUUGAGAGAAUUCGUCAAAGGGAUCACCAUCACUACCUUUGAACAUUUCCCCCUUGAAGAUGAUACGGAAUUUUCUGAUGUUCCUGCGAUUUCAAAUGUCAGGCAGGAUUUAACUGAUUGGCAGGAAAAACAUGCCGGUCUUGUUCUUUCUACCGUCAAGGAGAUUUCUCGAUUGAGGUAUGAACUGUGUCCACGAGUCAUGAAAGAGAGGAAGUUUUGGAGAAUAUAUUUUAUACUUGUGAAUAAUCAUACUGCACCCUAUGAGAAUAAGUACAUGGAAGAUGAAAAACUAAAAUCUUCUGAACAAGGAAAAUAUCGCAUAGUCACGAUGAAACCAUUAAAUGCUGAAUUGAUCUGUAACCAAGAGGCGCAGGAAAUAUCUAAAAAGGACAAUUUAUCAACUUCAACUGAGCAAGACUUGGAUGUAUUUCUUCUGGGAGAAGGAAACAGUGAUGAUGAGCCCGAUGAUGGCGAUGGAAGAUACAAUGAUGAUUUGGACAAAUUGAUGGAUAAUUCGGAUGAUGAGAAAGGGAAAUGACAGAUGUCGAAUGAAGUUAUUGGCUGACACAUAGGAUGGCUGAUAAGUUCUUUGAUGCCUACUUUUAUUGUUUCAACCCUUUCUUGCUACUUUAUUUAAGUGUUAAUAGUAGUUUUCCCUGAAUGUUGGGUUUCUGAUCAUAGAAUUUAUGAUUAUACGGUGUCCAGCUUUGUUGUUGUUUAAAAGUUUUUUUGUCUUUGCGUGUAAAAGUACACAUUGAAUGUUCUGAAAAAAAAGGAAAAAUCAUAAUCAUGCUUGUAUUAAUUGUAGAUCCUUUUGUAUGGAAAGUU